AUCCAUGGCUGUUUCUCCUCUUUUUUUUCUUGAGCAUCUCUUUUUUUUUUUCUUUCUAAGUGUGUGUGUGUGUGUGUGUUGAUUAGAAAAAGUGUUAGAGUGUUAUUAUCCAUUGACGCCUCUUUUGAUCUAUUGGAACCAAGGAAAUUCGUGCGAUGAUCCAUAAACUAUUUGCUCGACAUAGUACGAGUCCUACAGCGACGACAGCUGCUGGCAACCCGGCAGCAGCUUACUUAUCACAAUCCAGUAGCAAGUAUUCAGGUUCCUUUGUAUCCUUGCAAGAAAGCAGUAGUCAUAGAAGAGAAGGAACAGGAGGGCCAGAACCAGCGACAAGAGGGACAACAGCAGCAGCAACAGCAGCGGCAGCAGCGGCAGAAAAUAACUUUCUCGAUCUACCUUCCGACCCUAACGAAAGUAGAAGGAAGAACACUCUCAGGAAGAAGAGGAGCAACGAAAACGAUCCUCCAGCGGACGUUUUGACAGGACCCGUUUUACCUUGGAUGACAUCAGAAACCAGCCGUAACAGUCCUCCACAGCAACUACUGUUCCAACGGUCGAUCCUGUCCACUCAGUCCUCUUGUUCUUCCUUUGUAGAAGCGGCUAGCUUACAUACUGUCAAAAGACAGCCUUACCCAUAUAAGAACCAUAGUGAAUCGAACGAUGAAGCCAUAUCCACUGUAGCUGCUGCAGCCUAUGAUCGUGAAAGCCUGAGCGUUACCGAGAGUAUCAAUGAAAAAAGAAAAAAGUACUAUCAAACAAAACACCCCAGUAAAAGAAGAUGGACAAAGCAUAAAUGGUGGUUGAUUUUUAUAAACACUUUGUUAUUCUGCUAUGGUUUGGCGGGGAUGUUAUUUGCGUUAUUGACCUAUUUCAAAUUCUAUCUACGUGCCGAUGUGGUGGUUGUAGGGCAACCUGUCAUUCUUCAUUUGAUUUUGGCUACGGGUGUGAUCUGUUUAUUUACGUCUCUGGUGGGCUACACCGGGAUCAUGCUAAACAACCGCUGCCUUUUGUCGUUCUACAGCCUCUUUCUGUGGCCCUGUUUUGGACUGAUGGCAGCGAUUGGGUACACAGCGUACCGUAAGAACAAAUGGAACAUCGAAGGCAAGCUUUCCUACCAAUGGCACUACACGCUCUCGUCGGACGGCCGAUCACGCAUCCAGGCCAACCUGCACUGUUGCGGCUACAAAUCGUUUACGGACUACCACGAGCGAUCCAACAAGUGCUUCCCGCGCACGUUGUUGCCUGGCUGUCGUUACAAGUAUCAGCAACUGACCAAGGAAAUGUUGACAUGGACUUAUAUCGUGGCCUUUAGCAUGGUGCCCGUGCAUGUGUUGGUCAUGAUUUCGGCUCUCUUGUGCUCCAAUCAUAUCAAUCGAACGUUUGGAAAAGGUUUACCGCCCAAGUUGUAUCGAUUGGAUUAUCAAGGCAUUGUAGCGGUGGCCGCGGAAGAGGAAGAGCAAGAGGGCUUUGUUACAUCGAAACCUCGUUGGCCAUCGUCAUCGUAGUCAAAGGAAGAUGAACGGUUUUGAAUAAACGCUAUGGACAAGGUUUUUU